AUGCUUGUCUUUUCCGAGACUCUUCAGCCUGCAACGGUCAAGACGGUGCUUGCUCUGUCAUUCUGUCUUAGCGCUGUUGCAUGCCUUGGCGUCCUUGCCCAUACUCUUCUUCACAAGCGAAAGGCCCUCACUCAAUACUCGCGAUGGCCGUCGUCUCCGCCUCCAGAGCCGGUGAAGAGAACCUCUGAGGUGGAUUACACCAAGGUGUUUCCGCCCUCGCAGCGACAUGUUCUCCAAGAGAUCUCCUCCUCCUUCUCAUCCAACACUGUAGACCUUUCUUUCAAGCCUCUUUUGAGACUGGAUGAGGACUAUCGCACUGCCAGUCCCGCCAAGUACAACUUUACCGGCUUCAGCGUCAGCGAGAUCAAGAAGCUCGGUGACUUUCCCGACUAUGCAAAGCUAUCCGGCGUCCCUCUGCCCACGCCCCUGAAGAACUUCAAUGUCAAAACUGCGCUGCCGAGGCCUUAUCGUCCCUUCCGGUGGGCUUACCACCAAACAAUGUCCUUCAAGAAACUAGACACGGACUUUUGGUUGGAAGUGGAGAAUACCUACCCAGAGCGCAUCCGUCAGCGCCAGGAACUUUACGCCAAGCAUGGUAAGGACGUGCUGCAGGCGCUUCCGGGCUCUGAACUCGCAGUCAAGGAGCUCAUGGAGAUGAUAAUCCAGUUCCUCUGCGCGCGAUAUCCUCAGGCAUUUGAGCUCCAUGGCAACACCUUUGUGAACCACAUUCUAGGAAACAAGCAGGAUCUGGACAAGAUUGAACCCCUGCAUUUUAUCCUCAACCACGUCCCUGAGGAUUUUGCCCUCACACUGAGGGAUCCUGCAACGGGACGAUACACUUUCAGGGCCGGCGUCAUUUGUUCUUCCGUUGGUUGGAAGCUGAGUCAGAAGAUGGGACUUGGGUUGCCCGAGAUUCAUGCCCCGGUGCCUGACUAUAAGGAGAAGAUGGAGUUUAGCAUGGAUCGCUUCUUCACCAAAAUGCCCGCCAACAGUCCCAUCCAGCGAGGCUCGUGGGGUCUCGAGAUUGGCCAGCCCCUGUUUCUCCCCUCCGACCACCCCGACUUUAGCCACCGAGACUCACAGAACCCGUCUCUGACCCCAGAAGAUCUCCACCUUCGAGUAGACUGGCAAACCCUCCGUAGACUACCUCUCUCCGGCGCCAUUGUCUUCAACUUCAAAGCUCUCUUCACACCACUGUCCGAAUUCCGAGACGAGCCCUACAUCCCAUCCAUCGUCCUCAAGGUCCUCAACGAAGGAAAAGAGAACCUCAUGAAGUACAAGGGAACAUGGCACGUAGAGCACGUGGCGAAGCCAACUUUGAAAGAGUGGGAGCGUGAGCAGGUGGAGAAGGGCAUGAUUCCAAAGGAUUGGGAGCCGCGCACUUUGGAUGAGAUGCCUUUCUUUCCCGGGUGGGAGAGGAAAUGGAACUUGGAAUGA